AAGACCAAAAUUUCAAAUUCGAUUUGACGCCUUUUUUGAAGAUGAAGUCGAAUCAUAUAUAUCACCUACUACAGCUGCGACAAAUUAUAAAAAGGCUAUAAAUAAAACAGGUCAAUUAUCUGGAUUAUUGCUAUUUGGAUUGCAACUUCAGAUGCUUAAAGAUAUUAGAAAAUCUCGAAUUAGGCAAUGUACGAAGAAUGUUAGACCAAGUUUAAUUAAACCUGCAGAUAAAUCUUCUGAGUCAACACUUGAUAAUCCUGCAGUAAAUUAUCAUUUGCCACGUGAACAUAUUAUCGUAAUUGAGCGGAAUAAUUUAACCCAAAGAAUAACUAAGGACAUUCUGAUUAAACUUGUCAACAUGAAUAAGGAAGCAAUAGAUAAUUUAGAAGCUAUUGAAGAAUCUAAGAUAGAUUUUAGUAACAUUUUAAGUUCAGUAGGUACUGGCGAGCAAUGUGACUGUAAAGGAAUACUUAGAUAUCUAAUUCCUUAUUUAGUAGAUGAAAAUCUAUUAUUACCUCACAAUCCGUCAGAAUGUAGGUCGGAAAGUUAA